GGCUCGGACGUGGACUGGGACGACCUUUGGGAUCAGUUUGAAGAGCGGAGGUACCUGAGUGCCCGGAGGUGGAAGGGCGGCGAGGACCCUUACCGGCUCCAUGCCUUUAACCAGCGGGAGAGCGAGAGGAUCCCCAGUGACCGUGCCGUCCGCGACACCCGCCAUCACAGAUGUACGACUUUGCACUAUCGCCAGGACCUCCCACCAACCAGUGUCAUCAUCACCUUCCACAACGAGGCCAGGUCGACCCUGCUAAGGACAAUUCGGAGCGUGCUGAACCAAGUGCACCUCGUCCAUGAAAUCAUACUAGUGGAUGACUUCAGUGAUGAUCCUGAUGACUGCCGCUUGUUGAGCAAGCUCCCCAAGGUGAAGUGCUUGCGGAAUGGACAGCGAGAAGGUCUGAUCCGGUCCCGAAUCCGAGGGGCGGAUGUGGCACAAGCAGGAGUCCUGACCUUCCUCGACAGUCACUGCGAGGUGAAUAAGGACUGGCUGCUCCCUCUGCUGCAGAGGAUCAAAGAGGAUCCCACACGAGUGGUCAGCCCCGUUAUUGACAUCAUCAACUUGGACACUUUUGCCUAUGUGGCAGCUUCCUCAGACCUCAGAGGAGGUUUUGACUGGAGUCUGCAUUUCAAAUGGGAGCAGCUUUCCCCAGAGCAGAAAGCCAAACGACUUGAUCCCACCGAACCCAUUAAGACUCCCAUCAUUGCCGGGGGGCUGUUUGUGAUCGACAAAGCCUGGUUCAACCAGCUGGGGAAGUACGACAGUGCCAUGGACAUCUGGGGUGGUGAGAACUUUGAAAUCUCUUUCCGUGUGUGGAUGUGUGGAGGGAGCCUGGAAAUCAUCCCCUGCAGCCGUGUUGGACAUGUCUUCCGGAAGAAACAUCCGUACAUCUUUCCAGAGGGAAAUGCCAAUACAUACAUUAAAAACACCAAGCGCACCGCGGAGGUGUGGAUGGAUGAAUUUAAGCAGUACUACUACGCUGCUCGUCCCGCAGCCCAAGGGAGGCCUUAUGGAAAUGUCCAGAGCAGAGUGGAGCUGCGGAAGAGGCUGAAAUGCCACAGCUUCAAGUGGUACCUGGAAAACGUUUAUCCUGAACUUCGGAUUCCCGAGGAAUCGCUGUAUCAGACUGGGAUGAUCAGGCAAAGGCAGAGCUGCCUGGAGUCACACAAGUCUGAAGCCCAAGAGUUCCCUGUCCUGAGCUUAAAUCCUUGCAUCACCAGCAAAGGCACAGCAGCAACGGCACAGGAAUGGACAUACACAUACAACCACCAAGUCCGCCAGCAGCAGCUGUGCUUGUCUGUGUACACCCUCUUCCCCGGUUCCCAGGUGCUGCUGUCACCCUGCAAAGAAGGUGACAACAAGCAGCGAUGGGGUAAAGUUGGAUCACACAUUGAACACAUAGCAUCACGCUUCUGUUUGGACACUGAGACGAUUGGGGACACGAAUGAGAGUACCAAAGAACUUGUCAUCAACCCUUGUGAGAGCACAGCCAUGAGUCAGCGCUGGGACAUGGUGAUGUCUUGA